GAAAGAGCGAAGCACGCGGCGCGGUUCUUUCAGGGAAAUCGUGCGAGACACGUUUCGAAAUUUCAAAUAAUGUCCAUCCGGAGGAAAAAUUGCACUGUACCGCGGGAUAGGGUUAAAUUAAAGUGCGCUAUUUAAAACAAAGUGUUUGGUGAUUUAGUGUCCUAACAUGCUUGCCAAAUAAAUAACCCCCACAAUGGCAAUACACAUAACCUUACUAAUAAUCGCUUUAAUAUUAAUUUACUACACCUCCGGCGAGCAGCAAAACUCCCUAACCUCAAGAACAGUGCGUACGAAAUACGGCGACGUGAGCGGGGUCAUCGUGACCCUCGAGUCAAAACAUUUGGAACCUGUGGAGGUGUUCAGAGGUAUCCCGUAUGCAUCUCCGCCGCUGGGCAGUUUGAGGUUCAUGCCCCCCGUCACGGGGGCACUGUGGUCGGGCGUGAAAAUCGCCGACAAGUUCAGUCCGGUUUGUCCUCAACGUCUUCCCGAUAUCGCGAACGAAACGGCCGCGCUCAAGAGGAUGCCAAGAGGCAGGCUGGAGUACUUGAAGAGGUUGUUGCCUUAUUUACAGGAGCAGAGCGAGGAUUGCUUGUAUUUGAAUAUUUAUGCGCCCGUACAAGCUGGAACUAGAGAAGGAAGUUCGAGCAGUCCAAAGUUUCCCGUCAUAGUUUUUAUACAUGGAGAAAGCUACGAGUGGAAUUCUGGAAAUCCAUACGACGGCAGUGUACUGGCCAGUUACGGAGGAGUAGUAGUCGUCACUGUCAACUACAGGCUAGGAAUUCUAGGAUUUUUAAAUGCAAACACUGAUCCUUACUCAAGAAGUCCAGCUAACUAUGGUCUUAUGGAUCAAAUAGCAGCUCUGCAUUGGAUUCAAGAAAAUAUUGCAGUUUUUGGUGGGGACCCAACAAAUGUAACAGUAGUGGGACAUGGGACAGGAGCUGCCUGCGUGAAUUUCCUGCUAACGUCCAGUGCAGUUCCAGAAGGCGUUUUGUUUCACAGGGCCAUCCUGAUGUCGGGCUCGGCUCUGUCGCCGUGGGCCCUGGUGCAAGAACCGUCCAGAUACGCCGCGCACGUGGCCAUCCACGCGAACUGCUCGCCCGAGCUGCCUCAUCUGCAUCUGUUGAAGUGCCUUCGCGAGAAACCGCUCGAGAAGCUCAUGUCGACGCCCGUCGCGGCGCCCGACUUCGCCUUCGCCUUCGGCCCGAGCGUCGACGGCGUCGUCAUCGAUACGGGAGAACCGCCAGGUGACAACAAUCCCCACUACAACGAGUUCGACAGCAACAAACCUGCCAAAGUGGAGCCCCCUCAAAACGCCAUUAACAUACUAAACAACGUGCUCCUACGCAAAUCGGUUGUAUCGAAACUAUCUCGCUACGACUUGCUACUAGGGGUCGUGAAAGCCGAGUCCUACUUCGCUUUCAACGGCGAAGACGUGCAGUACGGCAUCGAAGCCGACAGACGGUCCAAAAUACUGCGCACUUUUGUACGCAACACCUAUAGCUAUCACCUGUCCGAGAUACUCGCCACCAUAGUCAACGAGUACACGGACUGGGAGCGGCCCGUUCAGCACCCGAUCAACAUCAGGGACGAGACCCUGGAGGCGCUGUCAGAUGCCCAGUACGUCGCCCCUGUGGUGCACACCGCCGAUCUGCAUUCCGCAGAGCAUAGGAAUUCCUAUCUGUAUGUUUUUGAUUACCAGACGAAGUCGGGGGAUUAUCCGCAGAGACAGGGUUGUAUUCACGGCGAAGAGCUCCCCUACCUAUUCGGCGCCCCGCUCGUCGGAGGCUUUAUGCACUUCGUGAAAAACUACACCAAAUCGGAGAUGGCGCUGUCGGAAACCACUAUGAUCUAUUGGAGCAAUUUUGCGAGAACCGGAAAUCCUAACGAGCCUUCAGAGGGGAGACAGGAAAGGAGCAGAUUUAAAAAUGUCGAGUGGACAGCUUACGAGGCUGUACAUAAAAAAUACCUUAACUUAGACACAAAACCGAAACUGAAAAACCACUAUAGAGCGCACCGGCUGUCUUUCUGGCUCAACUUGGUGCCGGAUCUUCACAAACCGGGCGGGGACGACGUCCCGAUGUCCCACCACGAGCUCCCCGACGACGAACCGCCCCCCCAAAAUGCCGCAGCUCAACCCCCGAAAACCCACCACCACCGAAAACCCGCUCGGCAACGAAAUAAGCAAAUUGAAUAACGGGACGAACCAUUCCGCACUCGCUACGGUAGCGCCUCAGGACUCCACGGAGAGGGUGGAAGAAUUAGGUGGGAUAAGUACUACGAGUCACUCUAUCGAGGAUGGUUUUGCAGCAUAUUCAACUGCCUUAAGUGUUACAAUAGCAAUAGGGUGUUCACUUUUGAUAUUAAAUGUGCUAAUAUUCGCUGGGGUUUACUAUCAAAGGGAUAAAACCAGGAUGAACGAGCAUGGAGACCCAACAAAAAAACGUAAUGAAAAUGGACAAAUGCCCAAUAAUAUAUGUGGUGAUUUGGAGAGUUCUAUACUGGGAGUUAAAGGUGAUCCAGCUACAAUCUUGGGCCACCAUCAUUCGCAUCACCAACUACCACCUCCAGAGUUCGCGGAUUUGCCACAAAACAACGCGACACUACCACGACCUCCCCCUCCCCCAAAAAUAUCCAAAGUUAACACCCUGACAAACAAAGUUCCAGAAAAUCAACCACUACUGUCAUCGCAUAGUAUACAACUUAUCAACACGGGGACUUUAACGAAAAAAAACACUCACAUGAACUCUAAGCAAAACACAAAAAUGGAGGAGUUAAGGGUGUGACGUCGUAACUUAGUGAUCAAUUGCUCAAACUUUAUCGUUUAGUGCGACACUAGGACUUUAUCUUUCAAAAAGAAAGUUCUUCUUGACAGAUGAAACAGUGACUGGAGAACCUAGAUCAACGUAGAACUCUGUCUGCAGUGUGCGCGAAAAAAGGCAAAGACUAUCUGAUCGUUUUCAAUUCGAAAAUCGUAAACACUUGAAUGUUUAUUAAACUAUUAAAGAGAGAAAAACUGUGAAUAUUAGAUAAGCACUACAGCGUUGUGAUUUUUUCUUCUGUCCAUUGUAUCGAUGAUUAUGAUGAAAAAGACCAAAGAUUUUUCGUUUAAGUUCGUUUUUUAUAUUAUAUAUUUAUUAUAGCGAAUUACAACGGCUGUAGCUAAAUGAAUUAUAAAGUUUUUUGUGACGAGGCUGCAUUUAAAAAAAGAUCGCUAAUUUGAGUGUUUAUGUUUCUGUUUUUGACGUUUUGGUUAAUGAUGAUUUUUUUCCUUUGACUUAUUAUGCAAAUACGUUCCUUUUUAGUUUCAAGAAAUUUUAAUCAAUACUUUCCAGGCAUUAUACUUCAGUUAGUAUUAAGCCUUCUUUUAAAGACAUCAAUAAUAAAGUUAUUAUUUUAUUCUGUCAAUAAUUUACAAUUUUCAUCAUUUUAUCCUGUUUUUAUUUUAUCAUGUCAUCAUUUUAUUUUGCCAACAUUUUACCUUGUA